GUGAUAUUAUUGCCGGUAGAGGAAUGAAUGGCAGGAAGCAACACCUUGACAAACGUAUCAGACUUUUCCUGACGGUUAGACGCAAUAGUUACCAUUUUUAGGUAUGCCCACCGGAGGUGUUCUUUUUAAGCCAUACGUUGUAUCUUUCCCAGGUGUUCGUUUUCCUGGUCCGCAUCCUGGUUUUGCUUGUUUUUGACUUUAUCUUGAUGUCUUCUUGGGCAACAAAAUGGAGUGUAUCGGUCUCAGCUGCUUCUUCAACGCACUGGUGGAGUCGCCGCUACUCAUGAUAGUAGCUUGCUUAGGUAUGUUCAAGAUUGCUGGAGCAGUCUUGAACAGUUUAUGGUGCGUCGUCGCUGCUUUGAUAUUGCGUGACUGCGACUUCCUAACAAAAAUACUUCCGGAGAAGAAGGACUACUGGAAGGACAGAACGGCGUGGGUCACAGGUGCUUGCAGUGGCAUUGGGCUGAGCGUUGCUAGGCUACUGGCCAUGCGUGGCUGCAAAAUUAUCAUGUCCAGCAACCGCCCUGAUGCACUGAAAGCUGCUGUGGACGACAUUAUCAAAUUCUGCAACAAGAAAGGGACGCAGAGGAAAGAGAGCGACUUCCUUGUGCUACCGUGUGACAUGCUGCACCUCGAAACACUGGAUGAUACAGUCGUCAAGGCGAAAGAAUGGCAGGGCAAGAUCGAUUUCCUUUUCAACAACGCCGGGAUUAUCGGAGUUGGUGCUCUCAUGCCGUACAAGUCUGAUGAGCGAGUAGUCACUAUCGACCUGCUAGCUCAAAUGAAGCUUUCCAAGCUUGUUAUACCGAUCAUGAAAGAAGCCGGCUUUGGCCACAUCAUCUUUACCGCCUCCAUGUAUAGUCGAUUCGUCACUGGUGGUUUCGCGUCAUACUGCGCCGCCAAGCACGGACUGCGUGCUUUUGCUGAAGGACUCGACAGAGAAUUUAGGGCCAAGGGAUAUAAUAUUGCGGUCACAAACAUCUGCCCCGGUUGGGUGGACACACCGAUCUACACACGGGCUGUUGGGCCUGCUGAGAUGCCACAGGCGGUUGAUUACAAAAGCAAGAAAGUCACUGUCGGCCUCUCAAGCGACACGGUCGCCGCAAAAAUUCUCAAAUCAUCGUCGAACCAGUUGACCGAAUGCUGGGUGUCGCGGAACCCCGAGUUACUGAUUGCGUAUUUCAAUUAUUAUGUCCCUUUCGCAGCUCGUAUCUUCCUCGAUAUCUCCGCAAGAAGCAUGUGCGCUGCAACAGAUGAAACAGUCGCAGACAUAAUUGCACAGAAAGCUGUUAACAAUCCGAGAGCAGAGCUGCGAUAA